AUUGCCAUUGUAUUAGGAAGUUGUACUGCCGGUGGUGCCUAUGUACCUGCAAUGUCUGAUGAAAGUGUUAUAGUAAGAAAGCAUGGAACCAUUUUUUUAGGUGGCCCGCCAUUGGUGAAGGCUGCUACAAAAGAAAUUAUUUCAGCAGAAGAGUUAGGUGGUGCAGACUUACAUUGUAAAACAUCUGGAGUGACAGAUUAUUAUGCCAUGAAUGACGAACAUGCACUUUACCAAGCCAGAAGAAUUAUCAAGAAUCUAAAUUACAAAAAAGUGAUUGAUGUGAGUGUAGUGCCACCAGAAGAGCCUAUUUACCCUGCUGAUGAGAUGUAUGGUAUUGUAGGAACUGACUUAAUGAAGCAAUAUGAUGUCAGACAAGUUAUAGCAAGGAUAGUUGAUGGCAGUAUGUUUGAUGAAUUCAAAUCACUCUAUGGAGAUACACUAGUUACAGGUGAAUGCAAUUUUUUCUCAUUUUUUGUUAUAGGGGAGCCACUCAAUCCCAGGGUCAGGGAGGAGCCACUCGGGGUCAUGGAGGAGCCACUCAAUAUCAGGGUCAUGGAGGAGCCACUCAAUAUCAGGGGCACGCAUUUUAUUGAACUAUGUUGUCAACGAGGAAUUCCACUUAUAUUUUUACAAAACAUCACAGGUUUUAUGGUUGGUAAAGAUGCUGAGGCUGGAGGUAUUGCCAAAAAUGGAGCUAAAUUAGUGACAGCUGUCUCAUGUGCCAGAGUUCCGAAAAUCACUGUAAUUAUUGGUGGAUCAUAUGGAGCUGGGAAUUAUGGAAUGUGUGGAAGAGCAUAUAGGUUUGUAGAUUGCUUUGACACUUGA